CUGCAGAACCGGAAGCCAAACAAGGGAUUCGGGUUUGAGGAAUGUUACGUGUCAUUUUCAGAGUUUCAGUCAUUCAGGAAUCUGCCCAGCACCUUCAUUGGUCAGCUCACAGCAUCCCCCGUCCCCCCCCCUCCUUCCAUCUCUUCUCACUGCUGCUAACGGCUGAAGGAUGAAGGCGUUGAUCCUGGUCGGCGGCUACGGGACGCGGCUGCGGCCGCUCACCCUGAGCGUCCCCAAACCGCUGGUGGAGUUCUGCAACAAGCCCAUUCUGCUGCACCAGGUGGAGGCGCUGGUCAAGGCCGGGGUGAACCACGUAGUCCUGGCUGUCAGCUACAUGUCGGAGCUGCUGGAGAGAGAGAUGAGAGUCCAGGAGCAGCGGCUCGGCAUCCAGAUCUCUCUGUCUCAUGAGAAGGAGCCUCUGGGAACUGCGGGGCCCCUGGCUCUGGCCCGAGAGCUGCUGAACGUGGACAACGAGCCGUUCUUCGUCCUCAACUCGGAUGUCAUCUGCGACUUUCCUUUCAAAGACCUGCUGCAGUUCCACCGCGGCCACGGCAAGGAGGGGACCAUCGUGGUGAGAAACCAUCAGAAAUACGUCCUUUAUGUGACGCUAGUGGAAAAUAAAGUAUUAAAAAAAUCAACAGCCAUUUUACUCCCAGUACAGCCAAACAAAAAACUGUACAGAUUUGACCGCUGCUGUUCUGUUUGUGUGCAGCUCAGACCGACGUCCAUCGAAAAGGAAAUAUUUCCUGUCAUGGCAGGGGAGAGCCAUCUGUACGCCAUGGAGCUGCAGGGGUUCUGGAUGGACAUCGGCCAGCCCAAAGACUUCCUGACGGGAAUGUGUAUGUACCUGCAUUCGCUACGGCAACACGCUCCAGAGAGGCUGCGUACGGGACCCGGUUUCCUUGGCAACGUCCUGGUGGACCCGACGGCGCAGAUCGGGGAGAACUGCACCAUCGGGCCGAACGUCACCAUUGGCGCCGGAGUCGUGGUGGAGGACGGCGUGAGGAUUAAGCGAUGCACGGUACUGAAGGGGUCGAGGGUGCGAUCGCACUCCUGGUUGGAGAGCUGCAUCGUCGGGUGGAGCUCCUCUGUGGGGCAGUGGGUGCGGAUGGAGAACGUAACGGUGUUGGGAGAGGACGUGAUUGUAAACGACGAGCUCUACCUGAACGGCGCCAACGUCCUGCCCCAUAAAUCCAUCAACGAGUCGGUCCCAGAGCCGCGCAUCAUCAUGUAGCGCCACGCGGGGGAAGUGGGAGGAAAAUCUGGACGUCAUCAUCCUCUGCUAACCGAUCGGCCAGCGCUGUGCCUGCGUGAGGCGAGGAGAAACCCGACAGGUGGAAGAUAAACGACCGGCGCUUUUCUUUUUUUAUUUAAAUUUGAUUUGGACUCGUUUUUGGCCCUGCUUGGCUGCAGCCUCCUAAAGUCAGAAAUCAGGACUCAAACGGCAGGGACUCCAAACUGACAGAGGUCAAACGCCUUCGUCCUGAAGGGGACGGACAUGAUGGAGGGGAAACGAAGGGAGGGGGUGGUGCACCUGGUGGUAGGGUAAAGAUGGACGGGUUUCUGGGUGGUGGGCUUAGAGAAAGAAACAUUGCUACUUUGACUUUAUGCAUUUAGUCUCUGAAGGAUCAAACGACAGCCUCCAUGUCCAAAUCAUGACUGUUGCUCAGAAAGUUUGAAAAACGUGUUAAAAUGUGAACAUUUGUUAUUUCUCUGUCAGUCUGAUGAAUGUAGAGCAGCAGAACUUCGCCUCUAACAUCAGAACCUGGAAUGAGGUGAAGUGUGGAGCCGACAUAUAGUGAAGCAGUUUUAGAUUAAAACUGAUCAAACUCAACAGAUU